GAAUAAAACAAAAGAAAUAAAGGAAGAAUUAGAAAUAUGGAAAAAAAAUUCACCCUUUUUAUAUGACAUAUUAAUAACUUAAAAAUUAGAAUGGCCAUCAUUAACAGUAUAAUGGUUUCCUCAAAAAGAAACAAAUCAAAAUGAAAAUAACAUUACACAUAAAUUACUGUUAGCUACCCAUACAUCUUAAUAAGAAAAUGAUUAUUUAUUACUAGCAAGUGUAACUCUUCCAAUAGAAUAAUAAGAAUUACAAGAUAAAAAUUAGCAUAAGAAUUAUAAAAACCUUAUCAAAAUAGAUAAAAAAAUAAUGCAUUAAAAUGAGUCUAAUAGGGCACGAAUAAUGCCUUAAAAUGCGAAAAUAAUAGCCUCUAAAAUAAUAAAUGGAGAGGUUCAUAUAUUUAAUAUAGAUGAUGAAGGCAUGGAAAAUGAAAUAAAACCUUAAAAAAAGUUAAAAGGACAUAAAUAAGAAGGAUAUGGUUUGUAAUGGAAUUCAUAAAAAGAAGGAUAUUUAUUAUCAGGAGGAUAUGAUAAGAAAAUAUGUAUUUGGGAUAUUCUAAAUUAAAAUGAAAAACCAAUUAUAACCUUUUAAAAAAAUAAAGAAUGUGUAGAAGAUGUUAGUUGGUAAAAAAAUCAAACAAAUAUUUUUGGUUCAGUAAGUGAUGAUAAAACUAUAAUGAUAUGGGAUCUAAGAUAAUAAUAAUAUUGUUAAGUUAUUGAAAAUGGACAUGAAGGUGAAAUAUAUUGUAUUGAUUUUAAUUCUUUUAACGAAAAUUUAUUUAUUACUGGUUCUGAGGACAAGAAUGUUAAUUUAUGGGAUAUGAGAAAUCUCUAGUAUAAAAUGCAUUCUUUUGAAGGUCAUAGUUAAUAAAUCGUUAGAUGUGAAUGGAAUCCUUAACAAUAAAAUAUCUUUAGUUCUUGCUCUUAUGAUAAAAAAGUUAUUGCCUGGGAUCUUAAAAGAUGUGGAUAAGAAAUAAAAAAUGAAGAUUUGUAAGAUGGAGCUCCUGAAUUAUUGUUUAUGCAUUCAGGACAUACUGAAAAAGUCAGUGAUUUUUCAUGGAAUUCUAAUGAAGAAUUUUUAAUUGCAUCUGUCGAGGAAAAUAAUAUGUUAUAAGUUUGGCAAAUGAAUAGUAAUAUCUAUGAAGAUAAUGAUAAUAGCUGUUUUUGAUUAUUAUUAUUAUUAUUUUACAUUUUUUAUAUAAACUUAUAUUUAUAUGAUUCUUAUUAUAUAAAUCAUAACAAGGCUUGAAAAAA